AUGGGAAGUAAGAAUGAUUCUUAAAUUACUUAGAUCUUUGUGGAUAAGAAAGACCAGAGCCUACUUAGAUAAUGCAAUCGAAAAUCAAAUUUGAUGGAAAAUUUGGAAAUCUUAGAAUUCAAGUAAUUUAAGGGGAAGUUUUAUAAGAGAAGGCAAAUGCUUUUUGUAAAUUAUAAUUAUAAUGUCUAAGUGAACGCAGCUUAUGAUCCUUACAAUACACAAUUGAUUAAGAAAAUAAGAGAGAUUAAAAAAUAACCAUGUAUUAACAUUAUUUAUAUUUCAGUACAAAAUGGAGUUCCUAUAUUAAUAGAAUUUGACAAAAAUAUUAAUUUCAUUAUUAUGCUGAAAAUUUGUGAUGACCAUGUAAGAAUCAAUUUUUAUAUUUAGGAUGAUGAUUACAACAAUAAAAGAAAAUAAGGUUUUCUAGCUUCUUUCUAGUUGGCAAAUUAAAAAAAUCUCAAAACUUUAUCUUUUUCAGAUCCACCUUAAUAAAUUACUUAAAAAAAGUAAGAUAAUUAUUAUAUUGAAUUAUUUUUAUCAUCAUUAUUGAAGCAUAAAAAAACCUAAUAAGAUUGUAAAAUUGAAAAUAUAAAAUUGAUAAACCUCGACAUGAAGCUCACAAAUCUCUACUAUUAAACAAUUCAUAAUUUCAUAGAGAAUGAAAAAAAAAUAUAAAAAUAAGAAGACGAUUUGGUUGGAAACAAAUAAGAAAAACUAUAAACUUAGUAUAUAAAUUAGUAGAUUGAAGAAGUUAAUGAGUUAAAUCAAUAAAGAAUUGUUAAUGAAAUAGAUGUAGGUGAAAAUUAGUAAAAAGAAAUGGAAUAGAAAAAUCAUUAAAAUAAUUAUGAAGAAGAAGAAGUAAUUAAAACAUAAAUGUUUAAUGCAGAUGCUGAUAUUUAAACAGAUGUAAAUUUAAAUUCUAAAAAUGAUGAAAUAUAAUUGGAUAAUAAAGAAUAAUUAAAUACGCUAGAAAGAAGUAAAGAAUUCGAUAUAAAGUAAGAUAAUGAAUAAAAAUAAGAAAAUUAGUUAAAUAAUGUUGAAUAAACAAUUGAUGAAAUUAGAAGAAUAGUACAUUUAUUAGAAUAAAAUGAAAAAGUUAAAGAAUAAUCAUAAAGUCAUGUUUAAAAUCUUUAAGAAACUAUAUAAGAAAAUAAAUAAGAAGUUCAUGAAUAAGAAUAAACUUAAUAAACUGAAGAAAAAUAAAAAAUGAAGUAAAAUGAAAGUGAAAUAAUUGUAGAAUAAUCAUAAACUCAUGUUUAAGAAAUUAUUUAAGAAAUUAAAUAAGAAGUUCAUGAAUAAGAAUAAACUUAAUAAACUGAAGAAAAAUAAGAAAUGUAGUAAAAUGAAAGUGAAAUAAUUGUAGAAUAAUCAUAAACUCAUGUUUAAGAAAUUAUUUAAGAUAUUAAAUAAGAAGUUCAUGAAUAAGAAUAAACUUAAUAAACUGAAGAAAAAUAAGAAAUGAAGUAAAAUGAAAGUGAAAUAAUUGUAGAAUAAUCAUAAACUCAUGUUUAAGAAAUUAUUUAAGAUAUUAAAUAAGAAGUUCAUGAAUAAGAAUAAACUUAAUAAACUGAAGAAAAAUAAGAAAUGAAGUAAAAUGAAAGUGAAAUAAUUGUAGAAUAAUCAUAAACUCAUGUUUAAGAAAUUAUUUAAGAUAUUAAAUAAGAAGUUCAUGAAUAAGAAUAAACUUAAUAAACUGAAGAAAAAUAAGAAAUGAAGUAAAAUGAAAGUGAAAUAAUUGUAGAAUAAUCAUAAACUCAUGUUUAAGAAAUUAUUUAAGAUAUUAAAUAAGAAGUUCAUGAAUAAGAAUAAACUUAAUAAACUGAAGAAAAAUAAGAAAUGAAGUAAAAUGAAAGUGAAAUAAUUGUAGAAUAAUCAUAAACUCAUGUUUAAGAAAUUAUUUAAGAUAUUAAAUAAGAAGUUCAUGAAUAAGAAUAAACUUAAUAAACUGAAGAAAAAUAAGAAAUGAAGUAAAAUGAAAGUGAAAUAAUUGUAGAAUAAUCAUAAACUCAUGUUUAAGAAAUUAUUUAAGAUAUUAAAUAAGAAGUUCAUGAAUAAGAAUAAACUGAAUAAAUCUAAUAAAACUAAGAAUAGAAAAAAAAUGAAAAUGAAAUAAUUGUAGAAUAAUCAUAAACUCAUGUUUAAGAAAUUAUUUAAGAAAUUAAAUAAGAAGUUCAUGAAUAAGAAUAAACUGAAUAAAUCUAAUAAAACUAAGAAUAGAAAAAAAAUGAAAAUGAAAUAAUUGUAGAAUAAUCAUAAACUCAUGUUUAAGAAAUUAUUUAAGAAAUUAAAUAAGAAGUUCAUGAAUAAGAAUAAACUUAAUAAACUGAAGAAAAAUAAGAAAUGAAGUAAAAUGAAAGUGAAAUAAUUGUAGAAUAAUCAUAAACUCAUGUUUAAGAAAUUAUUUAAGAAAUUAAAUAAGAAGUUCAUGAAUAAGAAUAAACUUAAUAAACUGAAGAAAAAUAAGAAAUGAAGUAAAAUGAAAGUGAAAUAAUUGUAGAAUAAUCAUAAACUCAUGUUUAAGAAAUUAUUUAAGAAAUUAAAUAAGAAGUUCAUGAAUAAGAAUAAACUUAAUAAACUGAAGAAAAAUAAGAAAUGAAGUAAAAUGAAAGUGAAAUAAUUGUAGAAUAAUCAUAAACUCAUGUUUAAGAAAUUAUUUAAGAAAUUAAAUAAGAAGUUCAUGAAUAAGAAUAAACUUAAUAAACUGAAGAAAAAUAAGAAAUGAAGUAAAAUGAAAGUGAAAUAAUUGUAGAAUAAUCAUAAACUCAUGUUUAAGAAAUUAUUUAAGAAAUUAAAUAAGAAGUUCAUGAAUAAGAAUAAACUUAAUAAACUGAAGAAAAAUAAGAAAUGAAGUAAAAUGAAAGUGAAAUAAUUGUAGAAUAAUCAUAAACUCAUGUUUAAGAAAUUAUUUAAGAAAUUAAAUAAGAAGUUCAUGAAUAAGAAUAAACUGAAUAAAUCUAAUAAAACUAAGAAUAGAAAAAAAAUGAAAAUGAAAUAAUUGUAGAAUAAUCAUAAACUCAUGUUUAAGAAAUUAUUUAAGAAAUUAAAUAAGAAGUUCAUGAAUAAGAAUAAACUUAAUAAACUGAAGAAAAAUAAGAAAUGUAGUAAAAUGAAAGUGAAAUAAUUGUAGAAUAAUCAUAAACUCAUGUUUAAGAAAUUAUUUAAGAAAUUAAAUAAGAAGUUCAUGAAUAAGAAUAAACUGAAUAAAUCUAAGAAUAGAAGAAAAAUGAAAAUGAAAUAAUUGUAGAAUAAUCAUAAACUCAUGUUUAAGAAAUUAUUUAAGAAAUUAAAUAAGAAGUUCAUGAAUAAAAAUAAACUUAUUUUAUUUAAGAAAAAUAAGAAAAUAAAAAUGAAAAUGAAAUAAUUGAAGAAUAAUCCUAAACUCAUCAUUAAAAUAUUAAAGAAAGUAUUUAAAAAGAUUUCUAAAAUUCUAUUUAUAAUUAAAGCUUAUAAGAAAAUAUUAAUAAUUAACUAAAUGAUUAAAUUUGA